AUGGGUCUGAUCGGAAACGGCCUCGUCGUCUACUCAUCUAUUCGGUAUAACGCGAUACAAUUAGACCGGAUAUCCAUUGUGCUGGUGAGGAACCUGGCAAUGGCGGACAUGUUAUACACUCUGGUGACGGUGGUGCCUCUUACUAUAACUUACUUCGCCAGGAGGUAUAUUCUUGGUGACAUUUACUGCUUCAUCAGCGCCCAUCUGGCGUUCAUCCCCGGUGCUGUAAACUCUCUCACCGUUCUGACCAUUACAGCUUAUAGACUCAGGGUCAUAACAUUCCCACUGCAUGGAGUUUCGAGGAAGUCUGCUCAUCUAGCCAUUGUACUUAUCUGGAUUUUCUCGAUGGCCGGAACGGUGAUCUCUUUAGGAUACAAGUCUAACUUUGUUUUUGUUCCUAGCACCGCUAGAUGCCUCACUACUGUUUAUGUAAACCAAGCUGCUGCCCCGUUAUUUGGAGCUGUGUUCAUUUCACAGACUGUGGUACCCAUUGUCCUCAUCACAGUUUUCAACUUGGUGUUACUCUUGGUAGCUUAUCGCCAAAAAAAGAGGCACAUGCACAGUACAAACAGGAAAGUCAACUUGAAGGGCUUGAUAACCAUCUUCUUCUUAUCUGGACUCUUCAUCUGCAGUCUGACCCCGUUCGUGAUAUUUACCUAUCUCAAAACUAAAGGAAUAAAAGUGCCCCCUGCUCUUGACCUUAUGGCUUUUCACUUUAUAUUUCUCAAUGUUGGUGGCAACCCAAUAUUGUACACCAUAACCAACAGAAGAUUUGGGAAGUACGUUAAAGAUCUAGCACGGAGGAUUGCAUUUUGUGGGAUUAAAGUGGAACGGAAAUUAUAG